AUGAACAGUCUCGCGUUUGGUGACUCGUACACCUUUGUCCAGGGCACGCAUGGACAUCAGAACUUCAGCUUUAUUGGCGAUUAUUUGCCCAAGAACUUCGCCUACACGCCACAAGACCUACUUUCCAACAGGAUCGUACAAAACUUCACGGGUACAGCGGAGGGCGGCCCCAAUUGGGUGGAGUUCCUAACGGGCUGUGGGGUGCACAAGGGCCUGCAUUCACCUCUCUUGUGCAAGAAGCAGCUUUGGGAUUUUGCCUUUGCGGGAGCCGACGUUUCAGAGAGCUUUACACCGCUACAUCAUGACUUUACUAUUCCGCUGGUCAAUCAGACGCAGCAGUUUCUAGCCUAUGGUCAAGACGUCUUUAAGAAGAAGCUGUGCGUUGAUCCGGACCGCACCCUCGUGGCCAUCUGGAUCGGCAUCAACGAUAUCAACGACUCAGCCAAAUACAAUGUUUCCUUUCCCCACUUCUAUGACUCUAUCAUCAGCGCCAUCUUCUCGGAAAGCGCCGACCCGCUGUACGGCGCAGGGUACCGCCAUUUCUUGUUCGUCAACCUCCCCCCACUCGAUAGGACACCCAGCAACCAGCGCAAAGUGAGCCCGCUGCCCAGCAAGGAGAUGAUACAGUGGUGGAACGGGGUGCUCGAGAGGCGCAGCGAGAUGUUUGAGCAAACACAUGAGGGGUCGACAUCGAUGCUCUUUGACGCAAACACGUUCCUUAAUUAUGUGAUGGACAACGCUGGCAAGUAUCGGAUAACAAACACGACCGACUUUUGCGCUGGCUAUGGACAGGCGGAUGUUCUUCAAGAAUGGGAGAAGUAUGGGUGUCCGGUACCGUUGAGCCAGUAUUUCUGGUUCAACUCGGGGCAUAUGUGA